GGGGCUCAUAGGAGAGAAAGGGGACACUUACUUAUUCCUCAGCAGCAAAAAACGUGUCUCCCGGCCACCAACUAGAAACCGGAUAUCCUAUAGCGAUCCAGGGAGAGAAAGAGGAACUACCAUAGAAAAUGGAAGGCCAAGGAAGAAGUCGAGGAACAUAAUGGAGCUAGCGAGUGAUUCAGUUCUUUUCACAAAAUGCUGGAUGGACGUGACAGUCAGGGCCUGAUUAGCGUGAAAAAAGCCUAAGAAGGGAUCUCAUUUUUCUGAUGAUCACUGCCUGUUUCCCCUGGGCUGGAACCAGUGGCCAUAUUUUACAUAAUUAUAACCUCCUACGGUGAGAAAUUAAAUAAAUGUGGUCAUUUCAUGGAAUUACUUAUAGAGACUGAGAGGCAGCCAGGUGGUGCAUUGGAAACACAUUUCAAAUUCUGUCCAGGAGCUACUAGUUGUGUGACUCUGGGCAAAUAACUGGAGGGAUGUCUGACACAGUUUUGUCCUCUGAAAAAUGGAGAUAAAAAUUACAACCACUUCCCAGGAUUGUUUCAAGGACCAGACAAAGUAAUGUUGGCAAAGAUGUAUAUGUGUAUACCUAAUCUAAGCUCCUUGAAGGAAGAGACUGUGUGUCUUUUGCCUUGCUUUGCAUCCCAGGGCUUACCUAGCACAGGACAUGAUGCAUAAACAAGGCACUGCGCAAAGGAUUAUGUGGCUGCACAAUGGAAGACAUCCGCAUGGUGAGUGGAGAUCUGGGGGAGAGGAUUUCACACUGUGUAUACUGCUGCCCAUUUAGGGUUAGGGUUAGGGUUAGGUUUUUAUAGUCCAGCCCUCCAAUGGUCUGAAGGACAGUGAACUGGCCCCCUGUGUAAAAAGAAGUUUGGGGAUCCCUGGUAUUGUGUAUGGGGAGAGUGGUAUUUGGUUGGAACUUUAGGAAAGGUGGGUUGAGGGAAAUAAAAAUAAGGAAUCCUGUGUUGGGAAUUAGGGAAUGUGGUUUGGGGAUUUGACAAUCACUGGGAUGUGUAGGGUAUGGCCAGAUGUGAGAAUGUUUAUCAUUUAAUAGAAGGUGCCACUCCUUUUUUCAAAGGAGGUAGAAGAUCAGGCUGGAGACAAAGAUAGCGUAAGUUGGAAGGCACACAGGCAGAUGGUCAGAUGGGAGACCCCAUUUCAUUAUUCUUCUUACCUCUGACAGCUGCAGAUCAGGCAGAGAAGAGCAAAGCAGGAUAUGGAAGUUUUGUUCCCCACUGACUUUCCUUUUCCCUCAAAGGACUGGUACCAACACAUGUAAUACCCAUUGAAAUUGCGUGUUGGAUGCUGGAAGAGUCGGGGGAGGGGAAGAAGGGAAAUAAUGUGAUUCUUGUAACCAAGGAAUAAUGUUCUAAAUUGAAUAAAUAAAUUAAUUCCAAAAAAGGACUGGUACCACUGGAGAUGGAAGGCUUGAGGUCAAAGGAAAGAUUGCCCUUCUUUUCCCCAGAGGUUCUCCACAUCCCUACUGGGAGAUUAGGCUGGCAGCAGAAAAUGAGUGUUGCCUUGUGUUAGCACAGUUGUAAGUCUUUCCAAUUUGUUCCCUUAUGCUCUCCCUCACAGAGCACAUGCAGCAGGAGAUGAAAGGCACAUAGUCAGACAAAGGCAUGGGUCCUUUUCUCACCUCAGAUUAAAGAUCAGGACUGCAGCAGGAAGUCACAGAUUUUUGAAGUAGAGGGAAGCCAUUUUGGGGGAGAUGAAAGUCUGGCUUCUCUUCUCCGCCUUCUUUCUUCAGCAGCUUAGUUAUCAUAUAUGCCAGUUAUUUUUGUACCUGUAUAGUUCCAUCUGGAACCAGGCUGCUUGAAUUCAUUAAUGGCAACGAGAUGCUCUCAUUAUAUCUUCUUUUAGGUAUCGACUCCCAGUCCAGUUAGCCAUUUUUGUUCUCUCAUUUUCAGUGCAAAGAUCAGCCUCUUUGGCAGAGAAAAUAGAAGAAAAAUAAAAAUUGAGUACCACUGCAUUUUUUUCUGUGGUUGUCAUCCCACGAUCCCCAAGUCCUAGCCCUUCUUUGAUCCCCCUUUUCUUCCAAAAUAACUGAAAAAAACCCCAAACCUUAGUCUAAAUCCUAAGAGCCAUUAACACUAAUUGUAGCUAGUUAUUAUUUACAUGGUUGUGUGAAGAUUGGAUUUAGCUAUUUCCUGUUUGUAAAAUGAAGAUACUUAGUUUAUCAAAAUCAGGAAUGUCUUGGGAACUCUAAAUUACUCCACGCUACUUAGACCUACUUUAGGGGAAGAUAAAGUUGCAAUCUCCUGAUUGAGCAAUGAAGGUACUUAGUUCUCACCUUAUAGAGAAGCUAGAACUUUAAACUAAGUCUAUUUUUAGUAUCCUAAUACAAAAAAGGUGUUAAGUAACCAUAAAGGUUAAAUUAAUCACAAAAAGGUCAAGUAACUCAGAAAAGGUGAACUUAACAAGAAGUGUUAAGUAACUCUAAAGACAUAAUCAAAUCAAAGAAGAUGAGAACUAAAACUAUGGGCAGUCCUGGAGAAAAGUCUUUGAUAUGAUUGGUAGAUGUGAAAAUUUAGAGGAGGAGACACAAGGGUGAAAGGUCUAUAUAUUUGGGAUUUUUGCUCUCUCUGUCACCUUAUUGGUGGUGGAGAGUUAGCUGAGAGCAGCAUGCUGAGCCUUCUGGAAUCUUAGCAUGUCUAUAAGCUAUUUGUCCAGUUCAGUGGUGAGUUUCUGGCUGAGUUUUCUCCUUUACUUUUCCAACUUUAUCCCCUUAGAAACCUCUAAUCUUCUUCAGAGACCUAGAGGCAGGAAUUUUAAACUCCCCUUGGCAUAGGCCAGGCAGGAGGAAUCCUAUAUACUCUUCCCUCUUCUCCUUAAAUUCCUUCCCUCUAUAUUAAUUAAAUUACCAUAAAUUUCCAGACUGACUUGGGUAUUUUAUUUGGGAUUCUCCCCAGUGACCAAUUAAAUCUAGAUUUUAAGUCACAACCCUAAAAGUAUCUUGACAGCCAGUAAAGAGUAAAAAGGCUUUCAAGAGCAAGAACUUCUUUAUUUAGUAGAGGUAAACUAGAGACUAAAGCCAUGGAGGCAAGAACUGAGCUGAUCAUAAUAUCAAGGGUUCUUACUCUUUUUUUAUGAUAUAGAUUGUUUUAGCAGUCUAAUGAAGCCUAUGGGCCCCUUUUCAGAAUAAUAUCUUUAAAUGUGCAAUCUAACAUAUUUGGCAUUACAAAAGAAUCCAAUUAUAUUUACAAACAGUUAUCAAAAUGUUAAAAAAUAUGUAUGUUAAAAAAACAAGUUCAUGGACUUCAGGUUAAGAGCCCCUCCCUAAAUCCUACAAGACUGCACAUUUAGAAGCAUAGAAAUCUUAUUUUCUUUUCUUUGCCUAAAAGAAGACAAUGGGGCAGAAUGAUCCAUGUGGUUGAGAGGAAAAAAACCAGGCUGCUUCAGUAAGAGGCUUAUGGCAGUUCUCAUAUACAUUUAAAAGAUAAUUUUCAGGGGUUCUGGGUUAACAUGGCUGCAAUCUAGACACGAAUUGCUUCCUCUCCCCAGCACCGAACAAAAUAGACUACCUCAAAAGAGCAUAAAAAUCACCUUUGGAAGAACAGAGGGACUCUCCAGUACCCCACAGAAACGAAGGUACAUGGGGUUUGAACAUUUCCACACUAUAAGGAGGAAAAGCUUGCACAAAAACAUGAACUGAGCCGCUCCUCCACCCCCCAAACCAGAGUAAGGUAUCAGAGCACUCACUGGGACAGCGAGUGAGUGAAGAGAGUCUCUAUCUGGGGGGGGGGGGGGCACACCAGGGUCCUUGGGAUCUAAAUACUGCAAGGAAAUGACCUUUCAGGGCGGUUUCACGGGAAAAUACUGCGCUGAGCAAAGGGGAGGCCACGCUGAGAGGUUGUGCUGAGCAAAGGGAUGGCCGCGCUGAGCAAAGGGGCUGCUGAGCUGAGCACAGAGGCCUGCGCUCUAAGAAACCUCAGAGGCUAGGAAGAACUAGUCUGGGGCAACCUAAAUUCACAGAAAACCCGCCCAUAUCACCCAGAUCCCAGACCAAAAAGGAAAGGGGAAUAAAACCACCAAAGGGAUGGCUCACAUGGCCCAAAAUCAAGCCACCAGGAAGAAAGGGAAAAAGGUGACUAUUGAAAACUUUUAUGGCGGGAGUACCCAAGGAAAAGAAGAGAAAGAGGAUGAAACCCAAACAAAAUCAAAACAUGCCUCACAAAAUGGAAAUUAUCCACAAGCUCUGGAAGAACCAAAAGAUGGAAACCUUCUGGAAAGAAAAAUGGGAGAAAGAGAUCAGCAGUCUGAUAGAAAAGACUUCACAAUUGGAGAAAGAGCAGGAAUCAUCUAAUAGAAAGGCAGACAAAGCUGAAAAGCAAAACCAGUCCCUAACGACCAGAAUUAAGCAACUGGAAGACAGUGAGCAUGCAAAACAGCAAGAAUUAAUAAAGCAAAGCCAACAAAUUAACGAAUUAGAAGAAAACACAAAAUAUCUCACUGGAAAGGUCACAGACCUGGAAAACAGAGGAAGAAGAGACAACGUGAGAAUUAUUGGUCUGCCCGAAAAACCAGAGAUAAACCAAAACCUCGAUGCUAUACUACAGGAGACAAUAGAAGAAAAUUGCCCACAUGUUCUGCAGCAAGGGGGCAAAAUAGAAAUAGAAAGGGUUCAUAGAACACCCUCUAUACUAAAUCCCCAAAAGACAACCCCCAAGGAUGUAAUCGCCAAAUUCAAGAGCUUCCAAGAAAAGGAGAAAAUCCUACAAGAAGACAAGAAGAGGAGCUUCAGAUAUAGGGGGGCUCCCAUAAGGAUCACACACGACUUAGAGGCUAACACACUAAGAGACCACAAAGCAUAGAACACGAUAUUUAGAAAGGCAAGAGAGCUGGGUCUCCAACCAAGAAUCAACUACCCAGCAAAACUGACUAUAUACUUCCAGGGGAAAGUAUGGGCAUUCAACAAAAUAGAAGAUUUAAAAGCAUUUGCUUAGAAAAGACCAGAACUUAGUGGAAAAUUGGAUAUCUAAUCACAGAAAGCCAGAGAAACAUGAAAAGGUAAGUAUGAAAGAAAGGGAAAAGGAGAGAAAUCUUAUCUUUUUCUUUAAGUCAAACUCUCUUCUAUAAGGAAUACAUUUACAUCAAAUUAUAUAUAUAUUAACAUGUGGGGAAAAUGUAUUGUGUAACUCUCAAAAAUUGUAUGCACCAUGAGAGUAGUUAGAAGAAUCAUGCAUAGGGAAAUGUUGGGGCAUCAAGAAGAUUUGGUGAAAGGGGGGCAAAGAAAGGAAAAGGAAGGGGGGAAACAUCAACAAUACUAAGACUUACUUCAAGAAAUGGGGGGGGGACUCAAUAGAAUAACCUUUCCCAUACAAAGAUACACAUGGGAAGGGGAGGGGAAGAUCUCAUUUGAGAAGGAGAGGAAGAGAGCGUGAAGUGGUAUUACUUAAACCUUACUCUCAGUGAAAUCAAUUCUGAGAGGGAAGAACAUCUAGAUCCGGUGGGAUCCCGAAUUCUAUCUUAUCCAUUAGGGCAAGAAAUAAAGGGAAAUUAAGGAGGGGGAGGGAGGAAGGGAGUAUAAAAAGGGAGGGAAGGAAAGGUGGGAGGGGAAGGGAGCAUAAAAAGGGAAGGGCUAGAAAGGUAAGCAUACAAAGAGAGGGGACUAGGGGGACUGACCUAAAGUAAAUCACUGGUUCAAAAGGAUAUAGCUAGGGAAGAAAGGUCAGAACUAGGGGAAGAUAUCAAAAUGCCAGGGAAUCCACAAGUGACAAUCAUAACUUUGAACAUGAAUGGGAUGAACUCACCCAUAAAACGUAGACAAAUAGCAGAUUGGAUUAGAACCCAAAACCCUACCAUAUGUUGUCUUCAAGAAACACAUGUGAGGCAGGUUGAUACUCACAAGGUUAGAAUUAAAGGAUGGAGUAAGUCCUUUUGGGCCUCAACUGAUAGAAAGAAGGCAGGAGUGGUAAUCAUGAUAUCUGAUAAAGCCAAUGCAAAAAUAGACCUGAUCAAAAGGGAUAGGGAAGGUAAAUAUAUUCUGUUAAAAGGGAGUAUAGACAAGAGGAAAUAUCACUAAUCAACAUGUAUGCACCAAAUGGUAUAGCACCCAAAUUUCUAAUGGAGAAACUAGGAGAAUUGAAGGAGGAAAUAGACAGUAAAACCAUAUUAGUGGGAGACUUGAACCAACCACUAUCAAAUUUAGAUAAAUCAAACCAAAAAAUAAAGAAGAAAAAGGUAAAAGAGGUGAAUGAAAUCUUAGAAAAAUUAGAGUUAAUAGACAUAUGGAGAAAAAUAAAUAGGGACAAAAAGGAAUACACCUUCUUCUCAGCACCACAUGGCACAUUCACAAAAAUAGAUCAUACACUAGGUCACAGAAACAUGGAACUCAAAUGUAGAAAAGCAGAAAUAAUAAAUGCAACCUUUUCAGAUCAUAAAGCAAUAAAAAUAUUGAUCAGUAUGGGUACAUGGAGAGCCAAAUAAAAAAUUAAUUGGAAAUUAAAUAAUAUGAUACUCCAAAACGGGUUAGUUAGAGAAGAAAUCAUAGAAACAAUAAUUUCAUUGAGGAAAAUGACAAUGGUGAGACAUCCUUUCAAACCUUAUGGGAUGCAGCCAAGGCAGUACUUAGAGGAAAAUUCAUAUCCCUGAGUGCAUAUAUUAACAAAUUAGGGAGGGUAGAGAUCAGUGAAUUGGAAAUGCAAAAAAAAAAAGGGGGACCUCACCUCUAAUGAAGAGGAAAUUAAGGCAAUCAUUAAAAACUACUUUGCCCAAAUAUAUGGCAAUAAAUAUACCAACCUAGGUGAUAUGAAUGAAUAUUUACAAAAAUAUAAAUUGCCUAGACUAACAGAAGAAGAAAUAGAAUUCUUAAAUAAUCCCAUAUCAGAAAAAGAAAUCGAACAGGCCAUCAAAGAACUCCCCAAAGAAAAAAUCUCCAGGGCCUGAUGGAUUCACAAGUGAAUUCUAUCAAACAUUCACAGAACAGCAAAUCCCAAUACUAUACAAACUAUUUGACAUAAUAAGCAAAGAGGGAGUUCUACCAAAUUCCUUUUAUGACACAAACAUGAUACUGAUUCCAAAACCAGGCAGGUCAAAAUUGGAGAAAGAAAACUAUAGACCAAUCUCCCUAAUGAAUAUAGAUGUAAAAAUCUUAAAUAGGAUACUAGCAAAAAGACUCCAGCAAGUGAUCAGAAGGGUCAUCCACCAUGAUCAAGUAGGAUUUAUACCAGGGAUGCAGGACUGGUUCAAUAUUAGGAAAACCAUCCACAUAAUUGACCACAUCAACAAACAAACCAACAAGAAUCACAUGAUUAUCUCAAUAGACGCUGAAAAAGCCUUUGAUAAAAUACAACACCCAUUCCUAUUAAAAACACUAGAAAGCAUAAGAAUAGAAGGGUCUUUCCUAAAAAUAAUAAACAGUAUAUAUCUAAAACCAUCAGCUAAUAUCAUCUGCAAUGGGGAUAAACUAGAUGCAUUCCCAAUAAGAUCAGGAGUGAAACAAGGAUGCCCAUUAUCACCUCUACUAUUUGACAUUGUACUAGAAACACUAGCAGUAGCAAUUAGAGAAGAAAAAGAAAUUGAAGGCAUCAAAAUAGGCAAGGAGGAGACCAAGUUAUCACUCUUUGCAGAUGACAUGGUGGUCUACUUAAAGAAUCCUAGAGAUUCAACCAAAAAGCUAAUUGAAAUAAUCAACAACUUUAGCAAAGUUGCAGGAUACAAAAUAAACCCACAUAAGUCAUCAGCAUUUCUAUAUAAUUCUAACACAGCUCAGCAGCAAGAACUAGAAAGAGAAAUCCCAUUCAAAAUCACCUUAGACAAAAUAAAAUACUUAGGAAUCUAUCUCCCGUAACAAACACAGGAACUAUAUGAACACAACUACAAAACACUCUCCACACAACUACAACUAGACUUGAACAAUUGUAAGAACAUUAACUGCUCAUGUGUAGGACGAGCCAAUAUAAUAAAAAUGACCAUCCUACCCCAACUUAUUCAUCUAUUUAGUGCCAUACCCAUUGAACUUCCAAUUUUUUUUUUACUGAUUUAGAAAAAAACAUAACAAAGUUCAUUUGGAAGAACAAAGGAUCAAGGAUAUCCAGGGAAACAAUGAAAAAAAUACAAAGGAAGGGGACCUUGCAGUCUGAGAUCUCAGACUAUAAUAUAAAGCAGAAGUCAUCAAAACAAUUUGGUAUUGGCUAAGAGACAGAAAUGGGGAUCAGUGGAAUAGACUCAGGGUAAAUGACCUCAGCAGGACAGUAUACGACAAAACCAGAGAACCCAGCUUUUGGGAUAAAAAUAAAACUCAUAAAAACUGCUGGGAAAAUUGGAAAAUAGUGUGGGAAAGAUUAGGUUUAGAUCAACACCUCACACCCUACACCAAGAUAAAUUCAAAAUGGGUGAUUGACUUGAACAUAAAGAAGGAAACUAUAAGAAAAUUAGGCGAACACAGAAUAGUAUACAUGCCAGACCUUUUGGGAAAGGAAAGAUUUUAAAACCAAGAAAGACUUAGAAAGAGUCACAAAAUGCAAAAUAAAUAAUUUUGACUACAUCAAAUUAAAAAGUUUUUGUACAAACAAAACCAAUGUAACUAAAAUCAGAACUAAAAUUGACAAAUUGGGAAGCAAUCUUCAUAAAAACCUCUGACAAAGGUUUAAUUACUCAAAUUUACAAAGAGCUAAAUCAAUUGUACAAAAAAUCAAGCCAUUCUCCAAUUGAUAAAUGGGAAAGGGACAUGAACAGGCAGUUCUCAGCCAAAGAAAUCAAAAGUAUUAAUAAGCACAUGAAAAAGUGCUCUACAUCUCUUAUAAUCAGAGAUGCAAAUCAAAGCAACUCUUAGGUAUCACCUCACACCUAGCAGAUUGGCUAACAUGACAGCUAUGAAAAGUAAUGAAUGCUGGAGGGGAUGCAGCAAAGUAGGGACACUAAUUCAUUGCUGGUGGAGUUGUGAAUUGAUCCAACCAUUCUGGAGGGCAAUUUGGAACUAUGCCCAAAGGGCAAUUGAAAGGGAACUAGGCAAAUGAACCGGGUGUAGAUAAGCACCCUUCCUAGGCCAACGAACCCUGUGUGAUAACCACAUUGACCUCUCCACCCUGUGUGAUAACCACAUUGACCUCUCCACCCUGUGUGAUAACCACAUUGACCCCUCCACCCCGUGUGAUAACCAUAUUGACCCUCGGUAAGCUCCAUGGUCAGCCCCAAGGGUAUAUAAGCCUGCCUUAAAAUUUGCUUCGAGGAGGAACUCCCUUUGGGCUCCUCCCUGCGCGUGUGAAGUGUGUUACAAUAAACUACCUCUCUGUGCAGAUUGCAUCGUCUGUUCUGUUCCUUUGGACCCCUAAAUGGACCCUAACAUAUGGGGGCUUGUCCUCAGGGAGUCCAGGAACCACAGACGGAGAGCAGGAGACCUACGCCGAGCAGGUAAGCCUCCGGGACCCCCCAUUGGCUUUUUGAAACCAAAACUGCGGGGUUCUGGGAUUGAGUGUGUGAGUGAAUGUGAGAGAGUGGCAUACUUUAAGGCUGGAGGAAAACCCCGUGAAACGCAUAUAGGCGAAGGGUGGCACACUGUGCUCCUGGUCGGGGCUUAUACGACACACCUGUCCUAAGCGUCACGGGUCCACUCCGUUCCGGAGUGAGGGCUUGCCCGCGACUCGGUUGAACUCCAGACCUGUUUGUGAGUGUUGACUUGGUGGUACCGCGGUUCUGUCUCCCCGUGAGGGGCCCAGCCGGGAAACCAAGGAAGCGAGAGCCAUCCCAUUCACCCCUCCCGCUACCCCCCCCCAACCCUACCCGCUAGUUUCGGUUUCUACCAAAUCUUGGUUCGAGUCCUUUCAUAGUGUCCUGAGUUCGAGUCUCAUCUCGACGCUACGAUAAAUGGGGUGUUGGAUCCGGGAAGAGGCGCCCUUCCCUUCCAACGCAUAACCCAUAAAACCCUGCAGGUACUGGCCCCUGGUUUGAGUCCUAUUUUGGUUGUGGGGCCACAGUUUUAGGUUCAAGUCCUUCAGUGGGUUUGAGUCCCACUCGUUGUGGUACACCAGCGCACCGCCUGAGGGACGCCUCACUCGACCGACGGCACAUGGGAAAGCCCAAUCUUAACCUUAAUUUGUUUGGGCUAUUCCCCCGCCGCAGGAACACUAACUCGGCUGACGGUCCCCUUGAAUUCCUUCUCACCACACGUGGCCUUAUAUCUCUUACCUUCCUUUCUCUCCUUAUCUGCCUUCUCAUUUUUCUUACUACUUUCACUAAACAAGAAUGGGAAACUCUCAAAGCCAGCCUAUCGACCUGGUCCUCCAGCAUUUUGGGGAUUUUAAAAAUAGGGCGACGGGCAUGGGAUUAGAAGUGAAGAAAGGGAAACUCCAAACCUUCGUUAACGUGGAAUGGCCCACAUUUGGAGUAGGCUGGCCCUUUGGGGGUACGUGGGAUAGAGCCGUAAUUUCAGCCGUGAGGGCAAGGAUCCUCCUUCCUGAGAAGGAGGGGCACCCUGACCAAAUGCCAUACAUCCUCACAUGGCAAUCCCUAGCCCAAGAUCCCCCGCCUUGGCUCCAGCCCUACACGGACCUGAUACAGGCCUUGGCACUCAUCCUAGACCAACGAGCCGCCGCCACCGCUAGAGGCAAACCGCCGGACCCCUCGGCACCCCCUGUCCUCCCAGCCCCUGAAGAGCCUCUAUUGGAUCUUCCCCUACCACCCCCCUAUAAUCUACCAGCCCCCUUUUUCCCCCAUUCCCCAGGGGAAGCUCAAGCACCACCCCUGGGACCACCCUCUCCUCCCCCAGCCCACCGGACAAGGGGACGCAUUCCCCCGCAGGAGGAAGCUGCACAACCAUCCUCCACGGUGGCCCUCCCUGUCCGGGCGGUGGGGCCCAUGGUCCCGGGAGGAUCAUUAAUGCACCAGUACUGGCCCUUCACCUCCUCUGACCUAUAUAAUUGGAAACAUCAGAACCCCCCUUUUUCGGAACACCCUCAGAAACUUAUAGACCUCUUGGAGUCUGUCUUCUUAACCCACAGCCCCACUUGGGAUGACUUUCAGCAGCUCCUUCGCACCCUUUUUACCGGCGAGGAGCGCGACCGCAUCCUAAUAGAAGGGCGUAAGUUGAUUUUAGGAGAUGAUGGCCGCCCCACCACUGACAACGUGCGGCUUGAGGCCACCUUCCCCUCUAACCGACCUGACUGGGACUUCUCCACGGAACAAGGUAGGGAGCGUCUUCAGUCCUAUCGCCAGAAUCUCCUAGUGGGCCACCGUGUAGCAGCACGGAAGCCUACUAAUUUGACCAAAAUUGGGGCAGUUAGACAAGGGCCAGAGGAGACCCCAGCAGCCUUUCUAGAACGAUUGCAGAACGCCUUCCGGAUCUACUCCCCUAUGGAUCCCGCCACCCCCAGCAAUCAAACUGCCAUUUUAUUAGCCUUUGUUAACCAGUCAGCCCCCGACAUCCGGAAAAAAUUACAAAGGGUAGAUGCCUUCACAGCACAAUCCCUGGAGGAGCUCUUAAAGGUGGCAGAAAAGGUCUAUAACUCUAGGGAAACCCCUGAAGAGAGGGCGGAACGGCUUAGGCAGGAAGAUUUACUUAGGCAAGACCAAAAACUCUCUGAGCAACGCUCCAGAGAAGACCGGGCACAUAGACAAAUGCUUAAGGCCCAACACGACACCACCCGCAUAUUGGCAGCGGUCCUUCAGCCCCCACCAACCCAGGCAAACACCAUUCCAGAGGAUUCUUGCUAUACCUGUGGGAGGCCAGGUCACUGGCAACGUGAAUGCCCUCAUAGAACCUCCGGCACCAGAGGAAGGCGGAGGAGGCCCCCACCUAUGAACAACCAACCUGGUAGGCAGGCUCUGUCCUUUAGCGAUAGGGAUUGAUGGGGACGGGACUCG